AUGUUUCAAUCACUCAAAGACCGCUCUUCCUUUGGCGGAUACAUACGCUUUGUGCUCCGCGUCUUCCAAUUCGUGCUUGCGAUCACUGUCAUCGGACUCUAUGGCUACGAUCUCGAUAAGGCGAGGAGGAAGCACGUCGCCGCAGACCCUAAGUGGACGUAUGCGGUUGUGGUGGGCGCUUUGUCUGCCAUCAGUGUAUUCUUCUUCUUGUUCAAGUACACCUUGCGGUUCUUCUGGGACGGGGUUAUGCUCAUCCUCUGGGCAAUCGUCUUCGGCAUCUUCGGCAAGAUCUACAUCAAUGCGCACCCAACACCACACCAAAGCGGUCAAAUUCGCAUGAAGAAUGCAGUAUGGGUGGACCUCGCCAACAUGCUCUUGUGGUUCAUAACCUUCAUCUGGGACUUGGUGUUGCACUUUACACGCAUGGAUAAAAUGACACUGCACACCGGUCGCGCUCACGUAUAG